AUGGCUUCUAUAUUACGAAGCGUUGCAAGGCGGACGAUAUCUGAAGCUUCUAGACAGCGCACUGCGCGCGCGUUCUCGUCAAUAUCCAUUCCCCCGCCGUCACAGAUCCAAACGCAAGCGCAGUCUUCACAACCGACAUCGUGGAUGCCAGUGCCCUACGUGACCGAGACAGUGGCCGGCGGCUGGAAAACCUCUGACAUCUUCUCUCGCCUCCUCUCCGAACGCAUCAUCUGCCUCAACGGCCAAGUCGACGACCCCAUGUCCGCCACCGUCACCGCGCAGCUCCUUUUCCUCGAAGCCGACAACCCCUCUAAGCCCAUCUCUCUAUACAUAAACUCCCCCGGCGGCUCCGUUACCGCCGGCAUGGCCAUCUACGACACUAUGCACUACAUCCGGUGUCCAGUCACCACCAUCUGCAUGGGGCAGGCCGCCUCCAUGGGCUCUCUACUCUUGGCGGGUGGGAGUCCCGGACAGCGGUACAUUCUCCCGCACAGCAGGGUCAUGAUUCACCAGCCGAGCGGUGGAUACAGCGGCAAGGCGAGCGAUAUUGCGGACCAUGCGAAAGAGAUAUUGAGGGUGAGGGAUCAGCUGAAUAGGAUAUAUCAGAAGCAUUUGACUAAGAGCAGAACACUCGAAGAGAUUGAGAAAUAUAUGGAGAGGGACUAUUUCAUGGACGCGGGAGAGGCGCUGGAGUUUGGUAUUGUAGAUCAGGUGUUAGAGAAGAGGGAGGGUGAUGCGGACAAGAAGGAGUGA